AUGUACAGCGUCGACGUUCCCAAGGGUCUUACCGAGGGACAGCAGUUCAAUGCAGAGCUUGGUGGCACCACAUUGCUCGUCACCGUGCCACCGGGCUACUCGGGCGGGAUGUCGCUACAGCUCAAGGCGCCCCCAGCAAUGCCCGUAGUGCAGGGCACCGCGGUGGUCGGCGGCGGCUCCUUCAAGACGGGUGUCUUUGACUGCUUCGACCACUGCGGCGAGGGCGGAGGCUCCGUUUGCGCCUGCCUCACCGGCAUGUGCUGCAGCUACAUUGCCGUCCCGCAGGUCUACAGCCAGGUCGCCAAACAGACCGGCGACCGUCAGGGGAGCAAGUACUGCAAACUGAUGGUCAUCGUCUUUGCUCUGGUCGUGCUGGCCUCCACCAUCACGUCCGUACGCUUUAACAUGUGCGUCUAUGACGCCGCCUCCUCCUGCAUGCACGACGCGGACGCCGGCUUGGCCAAGCCACCGCCGUCGCCGCCGUCGCUGUCGCCGUCCACCUUUGGGGAGAUGGCGUCCGUGUGCGAUCCCGACUCCAUGACGGAGGAGGAGCUAAUGGCGUGUAGCUUGGGCCUCUUCCUCGCGGCAAUCAAGGAGGGUGAAUGCACCUAUGAGGACUCGGUCGGCGACGGGGAGGAAGAUCCUAUCGUGUGCUUCGACUGCACCGUGCAAGGCCUUGUGGCUCGCUGCGGCCGCGUCGCCACCAGCUACGUUCAGUGCACGCUUUCCCACCAGUGGCUGUUCCGGGCCAUCUAUCAGCUCACCGUCAUUGCGGGCCUCGCGAUCUUUGUCCUGCUGAUCCUCGCGCGCGUCAAGCACCGCAGCGCCCGCGGCAUUCCUGGCAACCCGUGCUGCGACUGCUGCUGCACUCGCUUCUGCAUCAGCCACUGCUGCAGCGGGAAGGAAUGCGUCUUCUGGUGCUCUAGCUGUGUCACGUGCCAGAUGAUGCGCGAGACGGAGCUGAGCACGCAACCCUACAGCACAGAUCCAUCCAUGCCCUACACCAUCUGCCUCGACCCAGGGGCGGAGGAGGCAUCGCCAGCAGCCGUCAACGGAGCGCCGGGCUCCACCCUCGUGUGA